UGAACUGUGAACACAUGCGACAUGUAUAAUGUAUCUCAGUGAAUCACUUCCCAAUCAGACAAGAGAUACAGAAGGCGUGUAUCCAAUCUACAAAAUGCUCCUGCUCCAAAAUGUGCCAAUUGAUUCAAACAAAUUGCAAGUUUGGGGCCAUCCAAAUCUGUAUGCAUACUUUAACGACGCAGGUAGUGAGGACCCUCUAGUCAGCACUCGCACGCCACCAAAUCAGACGCAAGUCUCAGCCCUGAGAGUCCACCACACGCCUCGUGCUGGGAGAGAGCGGGGUCUAGCGGGUCGAGCUGGCCGGUGCAUGUCGGAAUCUUGAGCUAUUUCCGCGUAGGUCAAUGAGAUGGGCGGUCUGUUAAAAGGUACGAGCAUCAGUGCGAUGCCUGCUCCGCGUAAUGACAUCGACACGCUUGGGCCCGAGAAGCUUUUACGGUUUGUCUUGUUCUCCGCGCCGCCACAAUAACAGGCCCACUGCCUGGCAACCAGUCUAUUCUGUCCAAUUAGUCGCUGAUCUGGCUGUGCGCGGGGUUCCAAGCAUGAUAAUGGAAGGCACUUGCUCCGACAACGUGAGCGCUUACCG